AUGGUUGUGUUGAACGAUGAUCUGGACAACUCCCCCAACACGGCAAACGAGUCUGUAAUCCCCGACGAGCAUAAUUAUGAUCAUCAGUUCUUGGGCUUCACUUCGUUUAUUGUCUGUAUACGAUAUUGUUUCCGGGUAGAGCCUAAAAGCCCAGAAUCAGUAGUGUCUUCACCACGCCUAGUAGAAGCGACUACAUGGGCGAUCAAACUCCAGCGUGCUAUCGCUGCUACUAUAACGAGUUCGGCAGAAGAUAAGGUGGUCAAGUUGAGCCUCAAUGAUGAUCAAGGACUUCAAUUGAUAGAGCCAACGCACUGCCCAGUGCCUCUAUGGGGGUCCUCAGUUUUAGCUCAAGUCCUCGGCAUUCUCCCCGACCGGCCUUCUAAGGGAUUUUUGAGAUCUGCUAUGCGUGGCUUAUCGCAGUCUCCCUUGCCAGCAGAGACACGCGUUGGAGGGUUGUAUGCUUUGGGGCGAAAACUUGGCAGUGGCUCUUUCGGGGAGAUAUUUCUCGCGGUGAAUGUCCAGACGGGAGAAGAGGUUGCUGCUAAAUUGGAAAGUGUUAAGUCCAAGCAUCCCCAGCUUUUAUAUGAAGCUAAGCUCCUAAAGCAUCUCCAAGGUGGUCCGGGAAUUGCCAAUGUACACUAUUGCGAUGUUGAAGGAGAAUACAACGUACUGAUAAUGGACGUCCUUGGUCCCAGUCUAGAAGAUCUGUUCAAUACGUGUAACCGAAAAUUUACUCUUAAAACUUCUCUCAUGCUGGGAGAUCAAAUGCUACAUAGGAUAGAAUACCUACACUCGAAAAAUUUUAUUCAUCGCGAUAUGAAGCCCGACAACUUCUUGAUAGGUCGUGGGAAGAAAGCGGGGACUGUUUUCUUGAUCGACUUUGGACUAGCAAAAAAAGCGUUACGGUUCGAGGACAGGCCGGAUUAUGCCUACAUUCGGAGAAUAUUUAAGGAUUUGUUCAUGCGGCAAGGAUUCCAAAAUGAUGGAAUUUUCGAUUGGAUGCAGUUGAACAACUCUGGGAAUUCUCGGGGAGUAAGGAUGACCAACCAGGGCUCGAUGGUAGCAGCACUUGGCGUGGUUGAUAAGCGAGGAUUGGUCGAACCACGCAGACGGAAUCAUACGAGGGAGGACGGUACUGGGAUGGCCAUCGGAGGAGAAGGAGAGCCUACUCAGAGGAUCCAGGGAACUUCAAUGCAGAUGGACGACAAGUUGAUCGAAUGCAUCAAACGAGUCGGGGUUUAUCAAAACGAAGGCACUUCUGGUUUGUACAAGGGCUUCUCAGCAGCUCUAGUGCGACAAGGUCUAUACAGGGGUCUUGUUUUUGCACUAUACGAACCCCUGAGAGACGAGACCUGCAAGCUACUCGGCGAAGACAAAUCAUCAGCGUCUCUGAAAGUGAAGAUUCUCGCAGGAGGAGUCGGUGGUAUUCUCGGCUCAGCUUUGAUCAACCCCGUAGAUGUUAUAAAGGUCAGAAUGCAAGGCGAUUUGAAACUGGGAGCUGAAAGGCGUUAUCGAAACGUUUUUGAUGGACUUUUCAAAAUGUAUAAAAGCGAAGGCAUGCGGGGAAUCAGUGUUGGGGUCAUCCCGAAUAUGCAACGUGCAUUUUUGGUGAACGCGGCUGAGUUGGCGACCUAUGAUCAAUGCAAGGAAGAAAUCGUUAAAAUUUUCGGCGAUAAUACGUUCAGUUAUUUCGUUUCUUCGAUGAUCGCUGGUCUCGUCGCAGCCGUUGUGAGCACACCUGUUGACGUAGCGAAGACUCGUCUCAUGAACCAAGAUCUUACAAAGGGAAGAGUGUACCGUGGCUUGACCGAUUGCUUAUUGAAGACGGUGAAGUCGGAAGGUCUGUUUGCCGUAUAUAAAGGCUUCAUCCCGAACUGGAUUCUUGACAAACUUUCAGGAAGAAACUCAGAAAAGGGCAUUUUUUUCCAAGAGAAUUAUUGA